ACUCAUUUCCCCCAGUGACCUUGACAAGUCAGAAGCUUGAAAGCAGGGAAAUCCGGAUGUCUCAGUUAUGAAAUGAAGCAGUGGGGCUCCAAUAUAUUUCCAGAAGACUCCAUCUAGACUGGUGAUUGCCUGCUUCUAUUACUACCAGUGACCACCCAGGGUGCUUCUCUGGCUCAUAAGGGAUUUGCAUAAUGGCCAAGUGCUUCAGCCUGAUGUUGCUUCUUGCCUCCAUCUGGACCACAAAGCUCCUGGUCCAUGGCUCUCUCCGUGUAGAAGAACUUUCCAUCUCAGCACCAUGCAGAAUUGUAGGGGUCACCCUUGUGAACAAAAAGACAACCCAGCAGCUGAAUUUCACAGAAGCCCAGGAGGCCUGUAGGCUGAUGGGACUAACUUUGGCCAGCAAAGACCAGAUUGAAGCAGCGUGGAGGUCUGGCUUUGAGACUUGCAGCUAUGGAUGGGUUGCAGAUAAGUUUCUGGUCAUCCCUCGGAUUCUCCCGAACCCCAAGUGUGGGAAGAAUGGGAUGGGUGUCCUGGUUUGGAGAAAUUCACUCAGCAAAAAGUUCUUGGCCUACUGUUACAACUCAUCUGAUACUCGGAUUAACUCAUGCUCUCCAGAAAUUAUCACCACCAAAGAUCCCAUAUUCAACACUCAUGAGGCAACAUACACAACAGAAAUGAUCACCAGUGACAGUGCAUACUCGGCUUCAUCUACUGUUGCACCUUACCCUACUACACCUACUCUUGCUCCUACUUCUGCUUUGGCUUCCACUUCUCGACGGAAAAGAAAGUUGAUUUGUGUAACAGAAGCUUUUGUGGAAACUAGCACCAUAUCUACAGAAACAGAAUCUUACAUUGAAAAUAAAGCAGCAUUCAAGAAUGAAGUUGUUGGGUUUGGAGGUGUCCCCACGGCUCUGCUAGUGCUUGCGCUCCUCUUCUUUGCUGCUGCAGCUGGUCUCGCAGUUUGCUACAUCAAAAGGUAUGUGAAGACCUUCCCUUUUACAAACAAGAAUCAGCAGAAGGAAAUGAUUGAAACCAAAGUAGUAAAGGAAGAGAAAGUUGAUGAUAGCAAUCCUAAUGGGGAAUCAAAGAAAGCUGAUAAAAAUUCAGAAGAGCCCAAGAGUCUGCCCAAAACUACAGUGCGAUGCCUGGAGGCUGAAGUUUAGAAGAGAAAGAAAUGAGAGGACACACCUGAGGCUAAUUUCUUUCCUGAUUCAUAUCCUGGCCCUAGAUGGGGAAACUUAAAGGGCCAAAGAACCAAACAAGAAAGUUCACCCUUGGUUCCUAAAUGGAAUCAACUCAGGGCCACUUUUGGAUUAUGGAGUUCACCAAACGGAAUUCCCUUCUUCUUACUGCAAUCCUUUCUGGAUCCUCCUACCUCCAAAGCUUCCCACAGCCUUUCUAGCCUGGCUAUGUCCUAAUAAUAUCUCUGUGGGAGAAAGGAGAUUUACAAACCACAAGAACCUGAAACAGCUAAUCAGAACGCAUUUAUAAAGAGGCUUCUCAGCUGGCUGACAAGAGGUGCGUUGAGAACCAAGAGAUUGUUGAGACCAAGCUUUUCUCUAUUGAUUCCACAGGCCAGAUCCUUUCUUCAGCUCUGAGAAAGUAACAUGCAUCACCUGGCAUGCCCUUCUGAGCCAGGCAAGAACAAAAGAAGGAAGGAAAAGUUCAGCAACUGAAGGUCAUGGACAUUCCCAUGACUUGAGACCUGAUCUCUGUAAAGCCAAAAUAAGUAGAGAAAAAGAAUGAGGCCAAGGAUGUUGCCAGCAUAUUGUCAGCAGGGACUAUAAGUACAAACAGGGUCAAAGUAGUCAUCUCUGAAUAAUCUGAGUUGGAAUCACUUUUUAGAACACACUUUCUUUUCUCUCUCUCUCUCUUGCUGCUGCCAUUUUUUCUAGAAGUACAUAAUUUUAUAAAGGAACCCCCCCAAUCUCUUACAAAUUUUUAUUUUUAUCGGAGCUGUAUCUGGGAAAUUAGUACUGAAGAAAAUUACUGUAUUAAAAGGCAGUAGAAUUUAACAAACAUUUAUUGAAUUCCUACUAUAUGUCAGGUGCUGGGUAAGGUAUUAUAUCUAUAAUAGAAUAUUAUUUAUCAAAAACUUACAAACAAUAAAAUGUAUGAAGCUAAUUUUUUCAGUUUUGAUAUCCUUAGCUUAUCUACUUGCAAAACUAAUUUUUUGCUAAGACUAAUCCAUUCACUAUUUUCUCUAAUAUGGCAGCCACUAUAACCUUAAUUUAUUAUUAACAUACCUAAAAAGUACAUUAUUACCUCUAUACACCAAAGCACAUUUUGAAAGUGUCAUUAACAAAUGUAUUGCCAGUUCUUUUAUCAGCAAGAAGGGCUCAAGAGGUGCAGAAAUAUUUGUGUCAAAAAAAAAAAAAAUAAAA